UGUUGUUUACUUCGUUUUGGCGAUAUUUUCAGUUUCACAAGGAUAGCACCGACCAAACGUAAUCACAACUCACGCUUAAGCUGUCACAAAAUGCAGGAGAACCAUAAACCCACCUUUACCGAGGCGGAAUUUUAUCAAGUUAAUUUUGACGCUCGGGUGUAUACCGACUCAUUUUACUCCAAUCCUGAUGGUCAUCCGGACGAGAAUGAUUUACCCUUCUUAUUGGGGAGUCUACGCAAGACUUUCACUUCAGGAAAACACAGUGGGCAAAGACUUAUAGAUAUUGGCACUGGUCCCUCAAUCCACAGCUUAAUAAGUGCCAGUGAACACUAUGAAGACAUUCUGGUAUCAGAUUACACUGAUAGCAACCGUCAGGAAAUAAAGAAGUGGCUCAAUGAUGAGGAAGGUUGUUUUGACUGGUUCCCAGUCAUUCAAUAUGUGUGCAAUCUUGGGGGGCAAAGGACACCCUCCCAAGUGGCGCAGCAGCUGAGACAAAGAGUGAAGCAGGUGUUGAAGUGUGACGUCCGCCUGGAGAACCCUUUCCACCCAGUCACAGUGGAACCAGCCGACUGCAUUGUCACCAGUCUCUGUCUGGAAGCUGCAUGCAAGGACCUGGACACCUAUCGCUGUUCACUGCGCAACAUCGCAUCCCUGCUGCGCCCAGGGGGGUUGCUUGUCAUGGUUGGAGUGCUUGGGGAGACUUACUAUGUCGUGGGGGGACAGAGAUUCUCCUGUCUUGACUUGUCUCAGGCCACCAUUGAGGGAAUUCUGAAGGAGCUUGGCUUUUCUGUAACUGAAUUUAAUGUUCGGUCUGCUCCAAACCGAGAAAACGAUACAGUGUCUGACUACAGUGCUGUGUUUCACUUGAUGGCUGUUAAGUCAGGUUAAGGUGAUUAAAUACCAAAUAAAAGUUUGCAUGUGCUAACUAGGAAUUAGUUUAUAAGGCCUACAUUUCCCUCAGGAUCGAUCAUAUAAUCUCUUAUCUAUUCAAAAGUGCCUUCUCCAAAUAUGACUUGGACUACCAUACUGUACAACAUUUUUGCACUGUAUAUUUUUGUAUAUGUAGCGCAACUGCAACAUUCAAGAUGACAUUGCAAUAAACAUUCAUAAUUAUAAUGUC